AUGAUUACAAAAAAUCCGAAUACAAAUAAUUUAUUUGAUAAAAAUAUGACUGAUUUAACAAUUAAAUUAAAUAAUUUGCCUAAUAAAUUUGCGAAUUUUGUUGAAAUCAAGAAUAAAUGGGGAGAAUUGUAUUUUUUUAGGUGUUGUAAAAAUAAUUGUAUAAAUACAGACAACCCUGUUGGGAAAUGUAUUGAAGGAAGUGGAUUUGUAAAUUUAAUUGAUGAUGAAAAUAUUAAAUAUAUUAGUACUUUAAAGAAUAAAAGUUUUGAUCGACUUCCUUGGGUUUAUCCAGAAAAUUCAUUUAACAAACCGCAAAGCUGUUUAAAUUAUUCUUUAUAUUAUUUGGAAGUUAAAUGUUUAUUUGAAAGAUUAGAUGGUAAGGAAAAUUGGAUGGUUUUUGGACUUGAAGAUUGUAGUACAACAGAUUGUAUUAGAAUUAUUCCAGAGCACGCUAUGAUUCAUGAGAAUUUUCAUUCAACAUUUUCUUGGGAUAAUAAUGAUAUUUUUGGGUGUGGAAUAGUCUAUCCACCAACAAAUAAAUUAAAUGAAGAAUUUCCAUAUAUUUUCUUUACAAAAAAUGGAAAACAAAUUGGUAAAGCUAUAUUAUUAAAGGAAAAUUACGACACAUGUAGGCCAUUUCUCAUACUUAAAUGUUGUUCAAUUGAAACAAAUUUUGGAAAUAAUUUGAAGACUACCCCAUUUAAAUAUGAUGUUUCAACCCAUUUGGUUGUUAAAGAAUUUUAUUGA